AUGACUAAAAACAAGCACAAUUUCACGCUAAAUAACAGUAGUGAUGGAGCUAAUAACAACGACGACCCUAGCGAUCAUCAUGAUUAUUCAGAUGAUUCAAUGCCACCAACACCAACAAUCAGUACGUUCAAUAAAUUCCCUCGACAAUCAUCAUUAAGAUUCAAAACUCCUUUACCUAAUGAUACACCACGCUCGUCGUCUCUGGGGUCCACAUCAAAUAAUAACAAUAGCAAUAGCCACAGCCAUAAUCCAAGAUCACCAUUCCUUGAUGAAAACGAAAGCUCAUUCGAUCGAAAGUUUGGUUAUAAUUAUGAUAAAGAUAAAUUGGUGGAGGAAGAAGAUGAAAAUGAAGAUGAGGCAACCUAUGUUGUUGGUGAAGAAGAUGAAAACGAAAAUGAUAAUAUUAAUGAAAUGGAACCAUCAAAUCUAAAAACGAAAAGACAUCGUUGGGGUACUACUCGUCAUAAACAUGGAAGACCUAAGAAUGAAAAUAUCAAUCGAUCGAAAACUUUGAAAAAAAUAUUGGCACCUCAUAAAAGUAAAGGAAAAUCCCACUCCAAUAAUUCACAUUCCCUUAAUAAAAGAUUACUUUCAAUACGGAAACCAAAUACUCAUCGAGUCAAUUUCCCUCAUGAUAAUCAACCACCUCCUCAAGAUCUAGAUUUUGAAGAACAAAACGACCCUAAAAAUAGAAAAUCAGAGAAAAGAACCAUCACGUUUAAUCGACCAUUACCUCCUCAUUUAGUUGAUCCUGAAACUAAUAAGCCAAUAACAAGUUAUCCUCGAAAUAAAAUUAGAACAACAAAAUAUACUCCAUUGAGUUUUUUCCCAAAAAACAUUUGGAAUCAAUUUAUGCAUAAUGUUGCUAAUAUCUAUUUUCUUGUACUUAUUAUUUUGGGAGCAUUUGAAAUAUUUGGAGUUCCAUCUCCAGUUUUGGCAGCAGUCCCUUUGAUUGUUAUUGUUAUUAUAACAGCCAUCAAGGAUGCCAUUGAAGAUUCAAGAAGAACCGUGACGGAUUUGGAAGUCAAUAAUCAAAUUACACAUAUUUUAACUCAAGUUAAUGAAGAUAAUGCCAAUGGAUAUCAUUAUGAAAACGUCAAUGUUGAUGAUGAGCAAGUGUCUCUUUGGAGACAAUUUAAAAAAUGGAACACUCGAUUGUUAAUCCGAUUUUGGGGAGCCCUGAAACGUAAUUUAACCAAAGAAGGAAGAGCCAACAAGAUUCGUGAACGAUAUAAUCGAGAGAAUAAUAUUGAUGGUGAUGGCGACCAACAACAGGGCAGAAAAUCAUUUGAUAGUGAUAUCAUGUCUACUAGAACUUCAUUUGAACAAACUGAAAAUCCAUUCAACGACACAUUAAGACAAUCAUUUCAACAACAACGUCAGCAACAGCAACGUCAAUCCUCGUCAUAUCGUCACAAGACAAUGAAAUUUGCCAAAAAAUAUUGGAAAAACGUCAAAGUUGGAGAUGUGUUACGAAUUUAUAAUAACGAUGAAAUCCCUGCUGACCUUGUGAUUUUGGCAACCAGCGAUGAAGAUAAUUGUUGUUAUGUUGAAACCAAGAAUUUAGAUGGUGAAACCAAUUUAAAGGUUAAACAAGCAUUGAAAUAUUCUUCAAUCAAUGAAAAAAUCCAAAAAGCUGACGAUUUAAUCAAUCAUGAUUUUGAAAUCGAUUCUGAAGGUCCUCAUGCAAACUUGUAUUCUUAUCAAGGGAACUUGAAGUAUACUAAUAGAAUGAAUAACUUGCAACCACAUGACAACCGUGAAGAUUCUCAAGAAGCAAUCACUAUUAACAACUUAUUAUUGCGUGGUUGUACAUUAAGAAACACAAAAUGGGCCAUUGGGAUAGUUGUAUUCACUGGUGAUGAUACUAAAAUCAUGCUUAAUGCCGGGGUAACUCCAACUAAACAGUCAAGAAUGUCACGAGAAUUGAACUAUUAUGUCUUGUUAAAUUUUAUUUUAUUGUUUGUCAUUUGUUUUAUUUCUGGGUUAGUCAAUGGGAUAUAUUAUCGAUCAACCAAUACUUCACGAGAUUAUUUUGAGUUUGGUACCAUUGCCAGUACUCCAGCAUUAAAUGGUUUAGUAGGGUUUUUUGUAUCAUUGAUUUUGUAUCAAUCAUUGGUGCCUAUUUCGCUUUAUAUUACUAUUGAAAUUAUCAAGACUGCUCAAGCAUUUUUCAUCUAUUCCGAUGUGGGGAUGUAUUAUUCUAAGUUGGAUUUCCCAUGUACCCCUAAAUCGUGGUCAAUUUCUGAUGAUUUGGGUCAAAUUGAGUAUAUUUUCAGUGAUAAAACCGGAACAUUAACUCAAAAUUUAAUGGAAUUUAAAAAAUGUACUAUUAAUGGAGUUUCUUAUGGUAAGGCUUAUACUGAAGCAUUGGCUGGGUUAAGAAAACGUAUGGGAAUUGAUGUUGAAAUUGAAGCAGUGCAGGAACGUGAAUUGAUUAGUCGUGAUAAAGAAGUUAUGAUUGAGAAACUACACACGAUUAAUAAGAAUAAAACUUAUGAUGAUGAGAUAACAUUUGUUUCCCUGGAAUUUAUCAAUGAUUUAACAGAUUCUUCCAAUAACAACGAACAACAACGUGAAAGUAACCACCACUUUAUGUUGGCUUUGGCUUUGUGUCAUUCAGUUAUGACUGAACCAGAUCCAAAACAACCAAAUAAAUUAUUGCUUAAAGCUCAAUCUCCUGAUGAAGCCGCUUUAGUAGGAACAGCUCGUUCUCUAGGGUUUAAUUUCAAAGGUACCACUAAAACUGGAGUAAUAGUUGAUAUUCAUGGCGUUACUAAAGAAUACCAAGUAUUGAACACAUUAGAAUUUAAUUCAACAAGAAAAAGGAUGAGUUCAAUUAUAAAGAUACCUGGUGAUGGACCCAAUGAUGAGCCCAGAGCAUUAUUGAUAUGUAAGGGGGCUGAUUCUAUAAUUUAUGAACGUUUAUCUGCUAGCGAAAAUGAUCCUGCCAUGUUAGAAAAGACUUCUAAGCAUCUUGAAGAAUACGCUACUGAAGGGUUGCGUACAUUAUGUAUUGCUGAGCGUGAAUUGAGUUGGAAACAAUAUGUUGAAUGGAAUAAACGCCAUCAAGCUGCUGCUUCUUCAUUGGACGAUCGUGAAGCAAAAAUGGAAGCCGUAGCCGAUUCCAUUGAACGUGAAUUGACUUUAUUAGGUGGUACUGCCAUUGAAGAUAGAUUGCAAGACGGGGUACCAGAUGCUAUUUCCCUAUUGGCUGAUGCCGGGAUUAAAUUGUGGGUUUUAACAGGUGAUAAAGUUGAAACCGCCAUUAACAUUGGGUUUUCUUGUAAUUUGUUAGGAAAUGAUAUGCAAUUACUUGUGAUAAAGACUGCCUAUAAUGAUGAUGAAAACGGCAACAACGAGGACAACUCAUCAGAUGAUAAAAACUCUUUGCAAGGGUUGAAAUUUGGACAUAAUGCUAGUGAACCAGAAAUUGUUGAUACGGUAAUUUCUUAUUAUUUACGGAAACAUUUUGAUAUGACAGGGUCAUUUGAAGAAAAAGAGGCUGCUGUUGGGGAUCAUUCUCCACCUGAUGAAAGAUUUGGAGUAGUUAUCGAUGGUGAUGCUCUUAAAUUGGUUCUUCUAAGUCCAGAAGUCAAACGGAAAUUUUUGUUACUUUGUAAGAAAUGUCGUGCUGUGUUGUGUUGUCGAGUGUCACCAGCACAAAAAGCUGCUGUGGUGAAAUUAGUCAAGGAUACAUUAAAUGUCAUGACAUUGGCUAUUGGUGAUGGAUCAAAUGAUGUGGCCAUGAUUCAAGCUGCAGAUGUAGGUGUGGGGAUCGCUGGGGAGGAAGGUCGACAAGCAGUCAUGUCUUCAGAUUAUGCCAUUGGACAAUUCCGGUAUUUGGCAAGAUUACUAUUGACACACGGAAGAUGGUCAUAUAAACGAUUCAGUGAAAUGAUCCCAAGUUUUUUCUAUAAGAAUAUUAUUUUUAAUAUCGCAUUAUUUUGGUACGGAAUUUAUUGUGAGUUCGAUGGAACUUAUUUAUUUGAAUUCACUUAUUUAAUGUUCUAUAAUUUAGCAUUCACUUCGUUGCCUGUGAUUUUCUUGGGGAUUUUCGAUCAAGAUGUUGAAGCAAAAGUUUCAUUAUUAGUACCACAAAUUUAUCGAACAGGUAUCACUAGAACAGAAAUGAGUGACGCCAAGUUUUAUUUAUAUUGUCUUGAUGGGAUUUAUCAAUCAGCAAUAUCAUAUUUUUUCCCAUAUCUAUUAUACAUGGUGGCAUUCCCUAAUAUGAAUGGUAAACCAGUGGAUCAUCGAUUUUGGAUGGGGGUAUUAGUGACAUGUAUUGCUUGUAUUUCAUGUAAUUGUUACAUAUUAUUCCAUCAAUUCCGAUGGGAUUGGUUGAGUUCAUUAAUUGUGGCCAUUUCCAUUUUGAUCAUUUUUAUUUGGACCGGGUUAUGGACUGUUAAUUAUCAAUCUAGUGGAGAAUUUUAUAAAGCAGCCCCAGAAAUAUUUGGUAUGACGGCAUUUUGGGCAUGUAUGUUUGUUGGGAUUUUAUGUUGUCUUAUCCCAAGAUUUUUCUAUGAUUUUGUUAUGAGAAUAUUUUGGCCCAAAGAUAUUGAUAUCAUUAGAGAAUGUGUUGCUCGAGGUGAUUUUGAAGCAUAUCCAUUUGAUUAUGAUCCUACUGAUCCAAAUCGUCCGAAAAUUAGUACCUAUUCCAGUGAUGUUGUUCAUCGAAUGAGCAUGAAUUAUCCUUCGCCACCACAAACCCAAACAGCAUCAACUGAUAGUAAUGGUAAGUCACCAUCAUCAUCGUCGCUCGAUAACGGUCACCAAAAUCGUCACCCCAACAACCCCAAUAGCAAUGGCUAUUAUGAGCAGGAUAAUAGCAGUGGUAGUAACAUGACUUAUGAUAGAUCAAUAAUUUUUGAACGCGUCAAUGAUUCACCAAUUAAUGCUCACCAUCAACAACCGCCUACCCCACCGCCAGGAAUAAUAGCCAGUCCAAUAAGGAAAAGAAAAGGAUUUGUUCCAUCAAUGUUCAGAAAUAGUAGUGAUAGUUAUAUCCACCAUUCCAAUGGGCAUGCCAAUGGAUCAAGCCCCGGGGUAGCUACAGAAGAAAUUCCAUUAGAAGAUUUUGAUGAUGAACAGAAAAGAGCAUCUAGAAUAAGUUAUGAGAAUCAAAAAAGAGUAUCUUCAAUGACAUAA